GGAGAAUUAUAACGCCACUGUGAUAGCAUUGAAUGACCAGUGCAAUAGCGGACACAGCCCCACUGUCAUGCUACAUACAGUUCCCUGCCCACCUGAUAACAUUACCACUUCAAUCUACCAUGCGAGUGUAAAGCCGCAGGAAGUCAAAGUGUCCUGGGCAAGUAGCCACUGUGGCACUGAAUAUAUGGCCACUGUUCAGGGUGGAAUUAAAAAUAACCCAGACUCCUUGUUUACACUUGAAUCCUAUUGGACACCCUACAUGGAAUUUUAUAUUCCCGUGCCCUGCAGUUCAUCUUUUAAUGCUACUGUUGUGGCACGGAACGGAGCUGGAGAGAGCUACCCCAGUCUUCCCGUACAAGGAUUUACAGCACCAUGUUCUCCCCAAGUGAAUGUGCCAGAGGUAUCUGGUGCCACAAUGAGGAUUUCCUGGUUGGAGUCAGUGAAUGCAGAGAAGUACAAAGUACUGAAUGCAGCUGCUAAUGCCACACUCUGUGAAACAACCAGCUUGGCUUGUGACAUUCCCUUCACAGAAACAGACCUUCUGGUUAUUGCAGUGAAUCCGUCGGGAGAGAGCAAUCCAUCCAUCCUUUCUGACUAUAAUAGAAGCAGCACUCCAUAACUGGUGCUAUACUGUACCGAGACGGACAUCGGCUGCUCGUAGGCAUCAAUCAUUUGGCAAUGUCGGCUGACAACAGAGGAUGCUGCAGUUCUUGUCUUGGAUUACAGAUAAAGCCAAUAUGUAUUUUUAUAUAUGGAUUUCUUUCCAAUACCUCAAACUAGUCAUUAAAUAAAUCCAUUUGCUAUAAA